UGCUGGGAGGCAAGGUUAGCUUCAAAUUUUGUUAAUGGGGCUACGACAGCGACGGAUCAUGUAUGGAUGGAUGGAUGGAUUGCAGGGGAAUAAAGUGUUCGACUUUGGACUGACUGACUUGCAAAUUGUAGUAUUAAAGAAGCAAGAGUUGUGGUGGUAGAGAAGUAAAGAAUUCAGAGAUUCAAAGCUGUUCCAGUUUAAAGUCAGAACUGCUGAUUAAAGAAGGCCAAAGAGGGAAAAAAAAAAAAAGGAGAAAGGAGAAGGAACCAUUCUAUAAUUGCAGGGAGGCAAGGUUAGCUGCAAAUUUUGUUUCUAUCUUUCUUCUCUCUUCUUUAUUUUUUUUUUCUUCCUAUCCCUCAGUAGUGAAUAGCAAGCAUUGCAACGUGAGUCUUGCUUGGCUCUUUUAGUCACUAUAAAUAUUUGUAUGAAUGGAUUUGCUUAACUCGCAUCAAGGAGCACUGGUUCGAGUGGGUUACCUUCAAAGUAAUGAGGGAUUUGAAAGCAGAAUCUUCAGAGCCACAAGAAAGGUCCAACAUGGACCCAGUUCGAGGUACAGAGGACACUGAAUACAUCCGUAAUUUGCCCAUCUUAAGGGCUAUAGAUAAAGGUGACUUGGAGACUGCCAAGAACUUACUUGAUAAGAACCCCGGGGCGCUAAUUGCCAACCUUACGUCGGAUGAGGACAAAGCUCUUCAUGUUGCAGUUCUAGCUGGAAAUGUAGAUAUUGUUGAAGAGUUGGUGAAUCGGUUAUCUCGAAUAGACUUGCAAGUGAAAAACAAAAAAGAUUCUACAGCUUUGAACUAUGCUGCAAUGGGAGGUAUCAAAGCAAUUGCUGAGCACUUGAUCAGAAAGAAUCGAAAUUUGAUUACAAUCCCCAACGGUAAUGGUCAAAUCCCAGUUGUUGUGGCUUCUCUAUAUAGUCAUAAAGAUAUGGUUUGGUAUCUUUACGAAAAUACUCCAAAAGAAGAGUUAAGCCCAGAGAAAGGCCCGAAUGGCGCUAUGCUUCUCACAACUUGUGUCAUGGGAGAUCUAUUUGAUAUUGCUUUGGAUCUACUUCAACAUCAUCGAAGAUUGGCUGUCACCCACGAUACUGACGGGGAUACAGCCCCUGCCGUGUUGGCUCAAAAGCCUUCUGCAUUUCCAAGUGGAACUCCACUUAGAUUUUGGCAGCAUUGGAUAUAUUCACUUAUAUGUCUUCCUUCACCUCAUCAAUCUUUGUGCAACACCAAUAUUAGAGACAUUGAAAGCCAAAGCCUCCAUACUGGAUCAACCAUUUGGAGGAACAUGAUCGCAGAAGGACUUCCCAAGCUUGGGGAAACGUUUUGGCGGCACCUAAAAAAUUUUGUCCCAGCUAUCAAGUACCUUUAUGACUUGAAGUUGACUCAUGCCCAAGCCCAGAAAUUACUGUGCUGCAUUUGUGAAGUAAUAUUUACUAAUCCUGAGUCAGAGUUUGAGAAAAUGGGGGUAUACAAAGCAGUAUUCAAUGCUGUUAAGCAUGGCAUUGUUGAGUUCAUAGAAGAGAUAAUUAGGCAAUAUCCUGACAUUAUAUGGAGCGCUGAUGAACAUAAACGAGGUAUAUUUCUCUUUGCCACUGCAUGUCGUCAGGAAAAGAUAUUCAGCCUUAUAUAUCAUCUGGGUGCCAAGAAGAGCCCAUUGGCAGCAGGUUGGGACGAUGGUUUGAAUACCAUUUUACAUCAAGCUGCACUAAAGGCACCAUCUUCUCAGCUUGAUCGUGUUUCGGGUGCAGCCCUUCAGAUGCAAAGGGAGCUUCUGUGGUUCAAUGAGGUGGAGCGUAUUGUACAUCCCAAGUAUAAGGAGAUGACUAAUAAAGACGGAAAAACAGCUCGAGCUCUUUUUACAGAUGAGCACAAGGAGCUAAAGAAAGAGGGGGAAGAAUGGAUGAAGAAGACAGCAGAAUCUAGCACUGUUGUGGCUGCGCUCAUUGCUACCAUAAUGUUUGCAGCGGCCUUCACCCUUCCUGGGGGUUUAGAUGAUAAAACUGGUGAUCCUCGAUAUCUGGAUCGAAACUCUUUCAUGGUUUUCAUAAUAUCUGACGCAAUGUCUUUGCUCGCUUCGUCAGUGUCAUUGUUGAUGUUCUUGCGGGUCCUCACAUCACUUUAUAGAGAAGAAGAUUUCCUCAUAUCUUUACCGACAAAAUUAAUCGUAGGUCUCUCCACCCUUUUCUUUUCUAUAGCAGCUAUGAUGAUCACUUUCGGAAUCAACCUCAUUAUCAUGUUAAGCCAACGGGUACUUUGGGUUUCUUUUCCAAUUAUCUUGCUUGGUAGCCUUCCCGUCACCAUUUUCGCAAUGCUACAAUUCCCGCUCUUCAUUGAAAUUUUACGUUCGACAUAUGGUCCUGGAAUUUUCGAUAAGCCAAAGAAGUGGAGGUUCAUGUCAUGGAAAAUGAAGAGAAACUAGUGGUUCAACCGAACAGACCUGACUUCACCUAUUUUGUUAUGUAUCUGUUGCUUGAUUAUGAAUAUAUGUAUAUA